AUAUCCCGGCGAGCAGCGCAAGAUGGGGGGGGGUCCUGUGCAGCGCACUGCGCAUGCUCCUCGCAGACAACUUUUCCGUUAUGUGCGAGCAACGCUCUUGCCAGCCAUGGCUGUAGUGCCUGCGACCUCUAACGGUGUAGCCGAAAACACAAACGGAACAAUACGGGUUAAGAAGGGAUGGUUAUCUAAGCGGACCCAGUUUACCCACCGUUGGAAGCCUGCGUGGUUUGUGUUGAAAGAAACCGAGCUCUUGUAUGGGGAUAAUGAGGAGGAACCCCGCAAGACUAUAAACAUGGUUGGUGCGCACAUCGGGGCAGGCGAUGGCCGGGACACCCAGUACAGCUGGACAGUGACUCCAAAGGACAGCAAGAGGACGUUCUUCCUGAGAGCCGGCAGCGAGGCCGAGCAGCAGGAGUGGAUGCAGGCCAUCUGCGAGGUGAUGCUGGGCUCCUCCAACGCGCGCCACCUCCGCGCCUGUGCCAUCCAGUAGCUCGCCCACCGCGGAGCACUUUCGGCUGAGGCCCUGGGUCCUUCGCAGCCCACUUCAUUCGGCAGUACCGGGUGAAACAGGUUUACACUCCACCAUAUCCUCCCAUCCCCGUUUUUAUAUGAUAAAGUCAUCAUCUAGAAAUGUACGCGAUUUGCUGCUAGAUAAAUCAUUCAAGAAUUACUGAUUUUAUAUUCAUUUUUGUAGGAGAAAUAUUAUCAGAUGUGACACACUUAUUGAUUAUGGAACUACUGACCUUUCAAGAUGGGAAUUAAAAACUCAAGUUGUCAGUGGAUGAUUACUGUUCCUUUCUUUGCAUACUGAAAUUGCUCAGGUCUUUGACAAUAUAAGCAUACCGACUCAAUAGACCAUUUCUAUCUUUGUCACUGACAAAGUUUGUGCAUGUCAUCGGUUUUAAUUGUAAAUGUACACUGUUAUUAAAUAUUAAAUAAAAGAUCCAACAUUCCA